CUCCUGGUGGUGUGUAUGGGAACAGACAGCUAUAAAAGUAAUGUUUCCAUAGUUUUAGAUGAAAUAUUGUCGACGUAUGAUAAAGAUCUUAGACCUGGUUUUGGAGGAAAUCCAGUUGAGGUAUUGACAGACAUUUAUUUGAGAUCUAUGGGCCCAAUAUCAGAAAAAGAUAUGGUGUAUUCGAUUGAUAUAUACUUUAGACAAAGAUGGAUGGACGAACGCUUAGCAACUAAUUCUUCGACAGAAAAAGAAAAUAUUUCUGUCAGCAUAAAAAUUCUUGAAAAAAUAUGGUUCCCAGACACGGUGUUUUACAACGGACGUAAAUCGUAUUUACAUAUGGUUCCUACGCCAAACAGGUUCGUGCGCAUUGGUCGGAAUGGAUCUAUUUACUUCUCACAACGAUUAACAGUCCGUGCAAUAUGCAAAAUGGAACUACACCAUUAUCCACUGGACUUCCAGACAUGUCCUUUAUACUUUGGAAGUUUUGCUUAUUCUGAGGACGAUGUGAAAUACACUUGGAAUUCUGGGAAAGAUGCGUCUGUAGCUCGAGCGCCUGACAUGACAAUGUCUCAGUUUGACCUCAUUAACUUCUCUGCAGAAACUUCAUUUACAUACAGAAAAGACGUUCGACAAUCCAUGCUGACAGUUUAUUUCAACCUAAGACGACAUACAGGUUACUUUGUUAUAAAUAUAUUUGUUCCCUGUAUGUUACUGGUUAUUUUAUCAUGGGUAUCAUUUUGGAUAAACAGAGAAGCUACCUCAGACAGAAUAGCCUUAGGUACGACGACUGUAUUGACCAUGGCUUUCCUAGCGCUGGACAGCCGGAGUGAUCUACCUCGUGUUAAAUAUGCAACAGCAUUAGACUUGUAUAUUGCCUUAUGUUUUGUAUUUAUUCUGAGUGUAAUAGUGCAGUUUGCAAUAGUUCAUCGUUUCACCAAACAUGGUCAUGGAGAUGUCGAGCCAUCACCAACUGAUAACGAUGAAGAAGACGAGGAAUCUGAAGACGAAACUGCACAUACAAGGAAUGGGAAACCUCACAACCAAUCUUUCCAGCCAGACACAAAUAUUCCUAGCAAUCGAGUGUUCCUUUGUCGAGGUGAAAGUCGUCUCCGUGUAUGGCUAUCCAGCUUACGUAUAAAGAAUCGAAGACAAUUCAAAAGACGAAAGCAUAGAAACAGUGUCAGUCAAAUUGAUAGAGUGUCUCGGGUACUCUUUCCUCUAGUGUUUAUUUUACUAAACUUCCUUUACUGGAGUUUUUAUCUAAAGUAG